AUGAACUGGUCAUUUAUUAGAACCAAACUUUCUUCGAAAUAUAUUAGACUUAGCAUUCUAGCAGGAUUUAUUAUAAUCUUAACGAUAUUUCUAGCAAAUCCUAAUGUUAAGCUAUUUAUUAAGGGUAGUGCAGUCAGCUCACCGGCUGUUAUUUUAAGUAAUCCUCAGAAAUUAUUAAAAAGAUCAAGAUGGGACUGGGUCACUUAUAGUGCUGUCUUUGGUUGCGUGAUUGCAGCUGGGACUACAAUUCGUCCAGAUCUUGUUGCCUCAGUUUGUCUGCUUUUCACCGGUGGAGUAUGCGCACCUGUAGCAGGAUUAAUAGUGAGUGUAGUCACUGUGGGAGUCGCAGCUUAUGCAGCAUCUAAAGCUGCAGGAUCAGCUACUAAAAGAGGGGGAUCAUUUGUAAAGGCACUUAUGGGCCAAACACUUUUGUUUGAUCCAUGGCUUCACCAAAAUGGCACCAUAGAAUUAGGAGGGGAGGCAGGAACAUUAGUAUUCCAUCAUAAAGUUCAAGUUACUUCUGAUUCAAAGAAAAGGUACCGAACAACCAGUGGCAAUGGUGUAGUAUUUUCAUCUAAUUUAGGAAAUCACAUAGCACUCUCUUAUAUUCAUUCGCCGGAAGAGCUCUCAAACUUAAUUGUCAGUGCACAGCCUGGUGUACCGAACUAUAAUAACUACACUUAUGCGAAGAGAGAUGGAUACCCUACCGAUGGGUUUGAAGUCAGUUGGUUAUCAUAUAAUUAUGACAAUGGGAAUUCUGAUUUAUGUUCUGUUUGGGAAAAUAAUGAGCCAACCGAUGAGGGUUUAUCAUAUUUUGAAGGUCAAGUACAAAAUUGGAUUGCUGCUAACAGGGAUUGGAAAUAUUGCUUUGCUGCAGUUGAUGCGAAAGCAGGUGAAGUAAUAAAUUAUGAUGAUAUUUCUGGCGUUGGUUCGGGCACAGGGAAUGCUUUACAUGGUGAAAUUUACUUCAACACCUAUGGAGGUAUCGAUGGUUUUUGUAAUGAUAAUCAUGAUGGUGCUCAAGGCGAUCGAUAA